AUGCUCAAAUCAGCGCUGAUUCAAGGACUAGGCACGAAUCUUCCUUUUGCUUUUCUGUUCGCUGCUCAUUCUUCUGCGAUUGAUACGAUUUUAAAGUAUGGAACGAAGAAGCAAAUUGAUAUUGUAUCCAUUGAUGCUGUCAGCGGAUUCACAACAGUUCCAUAUUUCGAAAGUGGUCUCUUUUACUCCGAAAAUGGAAAAGUAUCUGGAUCAGGUUCGCUCCGGUUCCUCACAUCCGGGAGAGUGACGAACAUCCUGGCAAAGGUUCAGCUGGAAAGUGGUGGGGAAACUUAUGCGCUCAUUCCGAAGAACGCGAGGGGCGUGGAAAUUAAACCAUGCGGAGAAUUUACUCUGUCGGAUGUUGAUAUUCCACUCGAUGCGCUUAUUCCGACUAAAUUCAUCUCAGGAGAAGAGAUUAUUUCGCAAGACGUGACGCAGUACCUUCAAGACACAAUACAUCUACUUGAGUCUUCUGCCAUUCUUGGUUGCAUGAGAGAGCGUUUUGAUGCUGCUUGCCAUUCAUACUCAUAUCUCAAGGAUAAUACUGGAAGAACUCUUCUCAAAACGGAUCUUGUGUCACUUAGUCUGACGAACCUGAUGUCCGAAAUUUAUUCUCUUGAAUCAAUCAUCACCUGUAUCUGCGGAAAAAGGCCGUGGAGUUCCGAAUCACUCGCGGCGGAAAUAGCAGCUGCUAGACUACUCGCUAAUUCGUCCGUCCGUUGGUAUGAUGAAUUGGUCAGUUUUCUCGGGCCGAUUCAGUUUGAGCAGCCUUGGAAAACUCACAGAGAAGAACUUGCUGCUUUUUGCGCAAAAAUACCAAAUAAUGACUUGGAAAUGACGAUAGGACUUCGUGGUUUUCAAGCGGCACUUGCUCAAUCUGCAAACAUGGAGAAACGCAUCUUUGAGGCAGUGCCCUUAUCGAGGGAAUUCCGAAGAAUCAUGGGUUGGAAAGCUAACUGGAGGAAGACACAUCCUGAGCUUGUUUCUUUUGGACACGGGUUUUCUUUUUCUUCGAAGAUUUGUGAUUCGAAUCAGUCGAUUUUGAUGACAACAAGGACUAAUAAAUAA